CGACUCUGCGGGCCGAAGCCCGCCCCACCCGUGCAUAGGAAGACGCGGGCAGUUCGUGUGGUCUCUGCUCCAGCUACUUCCCUGGCUGUCGCCUCAGCAUCAUGGACGCUGCCAAGCAAGUGAUUAACUUUGGGCCCGGGCCUGCCAAGCUGCCACACUCGGUAUUGUUAGAGAUUCAGAAACAGCUACUAGACUACAAAGGACUUGGCAUCAGUGUGCUUGAAAUGAGUCACAGGUCAUCAGAUUUUGCCAAGAUUAUUAACAACACGGAGAAUCUUGUGAGGGAAUUGCUAGCUGUUCCCAACAACUAUAAGGUGAUCUUUGUACAAGGAGGUGGGUGUGGCCAGUUCAGUGCUGUCCCCUUAAAUCUGAUUGGCCUGAAAGCUGGAAGGUGUGCCGACUAUGUGGUAACUGGAGCUUGGUCAGCUAAGGCUGCGGAAGAAGCCAAGAAGUUUGGGACCGUGAGCAUUGUCCACCCUAAACUUGGAAGUUACACAAAAAUUCCAGACCCAAGCACCUGGAAUCUCAACCCUGACGCCUCCUAUGUGUACUUCUGUGCAAAUGAGACUGUGCACGGGGUGGAGUUUGACUUCAUACCUGACGUCAAGGGAGCAGUGCUGGUCUGUGACAUGUCCUCAAACUUCUUAUCCAGGCCAGUGGAUGUUUCCAAGUUUGGUGUGAUUUUUGCCGGUGCUCAGAAGAAUGUUGGCUCUGCUGGCGUGACGGUGGUGAUCGUUCGUGAUGACCUGCUGGGGUUUGCCCUCAAAGAGUGCCCUUCAGUCUUGGAAUACAAACUGCAGGCGGGGAACAACUCUUUGUAUAACACACCCCCAUGUUUCAGCAUCUACGUCAUGGGCAUGGUUCUGGAAUGGAUCAAGAACAAUGGCGGGGCCGCAGCCAUGGAGAAGCUCAGCUCUGUCAAAUCCCAGAUGAUUUAUGAGAUUAUUGAUAAUUCCCAAGGAUUUUAUGUAUGUCCAGUGGAGCGCCAGAACAGAAGCAGGAUGAAUAUUCCGUUUCGCAUUGGCAAUGCCAAAGGAGAUGAAGCUUUGGAAAAACGAUUUCUUGAUAAGGCAGUGGAACUCAACAUGAUCUCCUUGAAGGGGCACAGGUCAGUGGGAGGCAUCCGUGCCUCCCUGUAUAAUGCUGUCACAACUGAAGACGUUGAGAAGUUGGCCGCCUUCAUGAAGAAUUUUUUGGAGAUGCAUCAGCUGUGAGCACACUGCUGUGAACACCACGCAGAGUCUAGAGUA